UUUUCCUCCCCAGGUAUCUUCAGUCAAGGAGAACAGAUUGACUGUGGUGAGUUCCGUGACCCCAAGGUCUACUGUACGAGGGAAUCUAACCCCCACUGCGGCUCUGAUGGCCAGACAUAUGGAAAUAAAUGUGCUUUCUGUAAGGCAGUAAUGAAAAGUGGUGGGAAGAUUAACCUAAAGCAUCAAGGAAAAUGCUGA